UCAAGCAUGUUCACAGCAUUAAACAGCCACCGCCAUCUAUUAGCGUUGCGAAUUGUUUGAGCACUUCGCGCAAGUUUUUCAUAAUAAAGCAUUAGGCACAGCGAAUUCAAAUGAUGUUGAGGCGAAUUUGAAUGAGAUGUCAAAACAAAAGUCAUAACAUUGCAAACCGAAUUUGCGUUUUGUUUUGAAUUUUCAACCGAGAAUAAAAAAUGAAAGAUCACGAAGUAGAAAAUAUUCUUGAUAAACGCACAGUGGGAAAAAAAGAGGAGUACCUGCUAAAAUGGAAAGACGUGAAAAAACCGUCGUGGGAACCGAAAACAAACUUGUUGAAUUGCAACGAACUCCUUCUUGAAUUUGAAAAAUCGCGAGGUCCAAUUGUUUUGGGUGCCAAACGUGAAGGGUCCACUGCAAACUUUUUAGUCAAGUUCGACGAACAUGAACCAAAAGUCAUGGGGUGGACCGAAGUGAAGCCGUUUGCCGUGAGCAUAAUCCAGUUUUUGGAAGCAAAAAUCGAAUGGGACGAAGGAGCUGAAGCAGAAGGCGAUGGCCCAGAGUUAUCUGUUCUCGUUGAACCCCGUAACGCAAACGGCAAAUUUAUUUAUGCUGCGAAGACAAGUGAAGGAAUCGUCUACUUUCUACAAUAUGAAAACGGCGAAAUUUCCAUUAUGCCAUCGAUCUACGCAACUGUCUGGCAUUCUCAAACACUGGUGGACUAUUUACAAAAAUGCAUUGUUUAAUGCCAAAUGUCAUUACUUUAAAUCAUUUCUAUGUUUUUAAAUAAACGGCGGAUUUG